AUGGCCGAAAACACUCUAAUUAAGGAUGACUUGAGUAAGUAUGUAAACGGUGUUUUGUUGAUUUUUAAAUUGAAAGUUUGAACUUUCAGCUUUAAAAGUUCAAAGCUUGAUAAUGUUUAUAUUUAUAAUAGUUUAAUACUUAAUAUAUUUUAAAACUAAUGUGAAAUAAAUGUGUAGUAAAAUAUUAAUGAUAAAAAUGUUUGCAGAUACACUUCUCGAAAGCCCUCAGAAAGAUGGGAAAGAUUCUGGAUUCAUGGAGACACCUAUCAUCUCUCCUUCCAUCUCCAGAAGUCGGCCAAGCAGAAUCCCACAGAACAUUCAGCCUAAAAAAGGGAUUCUGAAGAACAGAGUAAGUGGUCGUUUUUGCAUUACAGUGAAAGUGUCAUGAGUAAGAUGACAGAUUUUACCAUACUUUUCUUGUUAUAUAAUAUAUUAAGUUGCUCACACAAUUCUGUUUCCCCUCUCAAAGCAAUUUUUUCGGUUUAGGGGCACAGAAUUAUUUGAACACCUUAAUAAUAAGUCAUUUUAGGAUCCUUUGAGAAAUGAAGUGUUAUCAGUCACAGUUACUCCGAACACCGAGAUUGGUGCACUUAGGACAACCUUGUUGUACACUUUGCCAGAACGAACUCUAACUUCUUUCCGCCCUACAGUUGGAUUCUCAGAAAGGAAUGCAGGUAUGAUAGCCGCCUAUCUUUAGUUACAACAUUUACUAUGGUUCAAAGUUUAGAAAAAGUCUAUUAGUGACAUUUACGGAUUGACACAAGUAAUAAAAUUGUAAGUUGUCGUUCUAAAUGUGUCAUAAUGUCAUAGUUUAUGUGAUUUGUGUUUCAGUGGCUAUAAUUGGAGACACAUCAGAUGAAUACGAAAGCGAUGCCAGAAACUCGAUCUCGAUGCCAGCCUUGAUGCCGUCGAUUCCUGAGACCACAUUGGUUGAAGAACCUCAAAAGAUGGUCAGGUGAGGCAAUGUUAUUCAUUUACUUCUUGGAAAUGCAUUUUGAUGACGUGUUUUUAUAAAAACAGUCAACAUAAUGUAUUUAAUAUAUCUUAUGAUUUUAUUUUAAAAUUAUAACGUAAAAUGUCAUAUAUAUCACAGUAUUGUAACAUAAAUCAUGGUUUGUUUCAGUAACGAACCUGACAACCCCAACUACAUGAACGGCUUUAUCAUGGCUGACAGAAGUGUGGAAUCAACUCCAGAAAGAAGUCAAGAUGACUCCAAGAUCACAGAAGGUCGUAGCACAUCAGAAAUUGCUUCGACUACGGAAGACGAUCAGAUCAGCUUAACGUCAUCUACUUGUAGCUCUCACAUUGCUGGGAAGUGGUGGAAUGGCAAGGAUACUAGGUAUAUUAAUAUCAAUAUAAAGCUUUUAUAAACAUUAUUAUGUAAAAUUACGUUCUUUACACUCAAUAUAGUAAAUAUAUACAUUUCUAUUGUAUUAACAAACUUUGUUUAGAUAUGUACUCCAUUGUGAAAAGAAGGGCUGUAACCACAAACACGGUAAUCAACCACGACCUGGAGAUUACCUAACACCAACACAACGCUUCAAACAGGAGAUUACUGUACUCAAAAAACAGAAAAAGUAAGCCUUUGGCGUCAAUGUUAAUAUUCAAAUUUAGAAAGCUGGAAGAAGAAAUAAAACUAAAGGAUGGAGAACUAAAUGAACAUAGAGAGAGGUUCAAGCAGAUCGACGACAGCAUCAUUCUACACCACGACAGUCAGCUGAUGACAUUGCUGGACAAAAAGGAAAAGAAGUUCGAAGCCGAGAAGGAACGACUACAUCAUGAUCAUAUUAAGGUCGUCGAGGAGUUGGAGUUACAGAUCUUUGAACUAAAGUAAGUCACUUAAAUUAGCAUAAAAGUGUGGGACAAUGUUAUAUAUCUUUUAUAUUACGUCUCACAGAUAUAGUAAUUGUCACAGCUUUUCUAAUGAAUUGUGAUUUAGACAACUUCUAAACGAAAAAAACCUUAUUAUCGACCGGUUGGAAUCACAACUCAACAUUCCCAAAUCAGAUGUGUCCACCUUCACAGAAGUCGACGUAACAGACGAAGCUCAACAGGUACAACAAGUAGACGGUCAGUUGGGCGGGGCUUCCAACAUCACCACCCCCAACGACCCCAACCCAUCGUCCAAUCUACUGGGAGUAAACGCGGUUUCUGCUCAGACGUCGCCUCAGGUUCCGCCUCCGCCGAUUGCAAUCACGGAAGUACCUUCUGGAGACCCACUCACCGAAGCCUUCAGAAUCGAGGCCCUGUUCUGGAGGGAGAAGGCAGCUCAAUUGGAGAUCAUCGUAAAAGAACAGCUGAUUCGGAAUGACUUUGACACGAUUCAGAUGGCUAACGAGUCGCUUCAGACUACCGUCGACCAGUCGAAUCCAGGCAGCACGAUGACGUCGGCUUCGAACAUCAAAGGAAUGGUGGACGACGCUACGGAACGACGCCGAAAGUUCACUACACAACGUACCAUGAUGACACUGGCCAGAAACCCUUCAAAUUACAGUAUCCCUCAGCUAAUAGAAGCCCAGGAGUGUCGCAAUCCGAAUUGCGUCGAGCAGAAGAAGCUUCUAAACGAGGAGAACGAGGAAAUCAUCCAAAAAGUAAGUAUCGUGAGGCGGUUAUUGUUCAUGGUGGUGGUGCUUGGCCAUCGUCGUGUGGUGUACGGUGUGGUACCUCCGUUUAUGUUGGUCUGUGAAUAUGUUAGAUUUGUGGCUUGUUAUGUUCGCACCUUUAUCACUAAGUUAUUCAAAUACAAAAAGACUUGACUUACCGUAAUAUACUGUAUGUUUUGCCCUACCCAUAAAUUUAUGUUUUAGUAGAUUGUUAGCAGUACUGUAAACUUAUUGUUAGUGGCAGUCUGUUUAAAAGUUAUCAAACAAUUUUAUUGCACAAAAAUAAUCUUUUUCAACUAGGUUUUUGCAUAAUAUAUUGUUGUACUAUCUUUAAGUUGUGUAAACUUUAAUUUUCACUGUGUUUACAUGGUAUAACAUAAACGUAUUUAUGUUGUUAGAUCACUAAUUAUGUUUGCCAAUUACUGUAUUUAUGUUGACUGAAUAAACUUUACCUUCAUGUAGAUGGACGAUCAGUAUGCUCGGAAUGCUGAACUGGCCGCAGAACUGGCCCAAUUCAAAGACUUGCACGAUCAGCUUCAGAAAGAGCACGCUGACCUAAAAGUGUCAUUCGAUGAGUUGGCUAGCCUGGCUGAGAGUCGUAUGGCCGAGAUAAAGAGCGGCCAAAUGGCGUUGGACAGGCUACAAGAUGACAAAGAGAAGCUACAGCAAGCCUUCAGUUACCUAGAAGACAAAGCUCAAGCCUAUCGUAACACCAUCCUCGACAACGACCUUGUAGUACUCGGGGAAGAAGCCGAACAAUGGCAUCGAGGCUUCACGGACCCGCGCUUCAAGGUGUUCCAUUCCACCAGAAUCCAGACGGAUCUGACUACACAAGAACUGACAUUCAACGAAAGCGAGUUUGCUACGAUCAGCGUGCAGUUAAAAGAGAUUCAGAAGGAAUAUUCAAACAGACAGAUCGACCUGGACGCUCAAUUCAACGUGAUCAACGAGGGACUUCAGCUCAAGUCUCAACUGGUCGAAGAGUUGAGUAAACAGCUGGAAAUGGCAGCCGCCAACGCUCAGACUGUAGAAGAAUGUCGCCAAGAGGAACGUGACUACUACAAGAAACGGCUGGAAGCCAUGGGAAGGGAAAUCGAACGGAUUCCGGGGAUUCAGAUGGAUCUGGACCGAGCUCAGCAAGUAAGUAAAUAAAUGACAUAAGAUGCAGAUAUAACUUUGUCAGUAUGUUAAUCAUUAUGCUUAUAAGACUGUAGAGUAACAAAAGUAAACUAUGAAAUGUUAUUGUAGGAAAAGAGCAUACUGGAGAUUCAACUAAAGGGAAUCAAGGAACAGUACGAAGAUGGUCUUGAGAGUGCCUUGGAUGUCUCACUACAGAAGGCACAACAACAAGAAAAGUACUGGAUCGAGAAAGUAGAGUCUUUACAACGUGCCAAGAACGAACUCAAUGUAAGUUUUGCUAAGAAACUACUUUACUCAUCAAUAACAAUGACUAUACUACAUGAUUUCAGAACAACUUUGAAAAGUUGAAGCUGGACUACGAGAACCUGAAGAUAAAAGGUCAAGUUGAUAAGGCCGAGCUUGAGCAGAGAUUAUCAUCAACAAUCGACCAUGUGGCAUAUCUUAACAAAAAGGUAAGAUUAUGAAUACAGUUAUAUUUGUCAACUUUUUCAAAAACUAAAACUAUCGUUUUCAGUUGAACCCUCCAGUCCGUGAUGCCCAAUGCGAGGCCAAGCCUCGUACUGUGAACAAGUACGUAGCUUGCCGUCCAAACCAACGCCACAAGAACGUUGAAGUCGACCGUAAAGAGCUGGAAAUGAGUAAAAGCGAAGAAGACAUCCAGAAGCUGUUCAAGUACAAGGACGCCUUCCUCAAGACAAAGGCAGAGCUCACCAAGAUCCAGGAGAAUGUCAUCUCUGUAGCUCCAAAACCUUCGUACGCUGAACCUGCUUCCACUGCUCUGAAAGAGAAAAAACCGAGUAAAGUAAAGAAAUCGGGUACCGUACUCAGUUUCGGCCAAGUGCUAUUUGACAAAGAUGGUCGAGUAAAAUUUCCGCAACUUCGAAAAGACUCUAGUCUAAACGACGUCUCUACUGUAUCGUCACCUAUGAUUCUGAUGAGAGAUGCUUCAGUGUCACCUUCAGAAGACACUCAACCAGACGACAGUAGAAACACUGCCAUUCAGACUGAAGCCAUUCCUGAUGACAAAUCCAGUAUCAGUGAAACUGAUCAGAUAUCACUUUGCUCGAUCGAGGAGAUCAAGAAGAUGGAGGCGCAGACAAAGAAGCUACAGGACGAGAUUCUGCUACUGAGGGCAAAGGCGGCUGAAUCAGACACCUGGUUCGAGAAGAUUUCCAGAAUCCAGUCAAUGUUGCCUGAGGCGGUAUUGUUAGUGUAAGUCUUUUAAUUCUACUGUUUGUUACUUUAAUUUAUACAACCUUGUUAGAAGUUAUAAUGUAUGAUUAUAGUGAAGAUGACGAAGCCCCAGUAUACGGCCACACUGCCAUCGGUCGUAUUUUAGACUCGACCAUAUCGUUCCUGAACCAAAAAGCAAAUGAACCAUCUCCAAUCAGACGCCAGUCUUCUGAACCCGAUCUCAAGCUGUCAGCUCAUUCUAUAGAAGCCUCAACUGCCACCAAAUUCAAACCUCUCCCUAUACCUGACAAAUGGGACAAUGAACGUCAAGAGUUACUACGACAGAACGCUCAUUACGCUGCCCAGCUUUUGGCAUUACAAGCAAAACUAAGCAGGAUUCAAGGUGAAGAAGCCAAGAAACCAGAAGAGAAGACAGAACUAGAUGAACUAGAAGGAGAACUGAAAGAGUUGGCCAGACAGUUGACUACAGUACCCAUCUACAAUGCUGAACAAUUGGCCAAAGCCAGAAAAGAGAGAGAUGCCUUGAGGAUACAGAUCAUCGACUUGAGGGAAAAGUACCGUGACGCCUUGAACGAACUUGAGAUCUUCAGAAUAGAGCCACGAUCUGAUGCUCAGAAACACUGGGAUGAUAUUAGACUAGGUAGAAGUAGGAGUGAAGAACGGCUAGACACUGGACUAGCUUCCGGAGAGCUCAGACGGUGGAAAGAAUCCGCUGGAGUUUCUUUUAGAGAAGUUAAUCGGCUUCGAAGUUAUGUUAUGAAGCUAGAAGACGAGAAUUCAAAUUUCAAAACUCAAACUGCCAUUUUGAGAGGAGAAAUGGAGCUGGCCAAGUGUCAAACAGAACUGGCUAGCCAAUGGGCUGUGAGGAGGAGAAUCGAGUUGAAGAUCGACGUUCCUGGACGACGCAGAUCUGUGUCGUCGUUGAACUUGAACGACGACUUUAAGAAACCAAAGAAAAAGUAAGAAACUUUCUAUAACGUAAUAACACGACUUUGAGUACGAUACAAACAGCUAAAAUGAAAACUUCAUUUUUAAAAUUCUUUAGUAUUUUCAUAUUUCAGGACAUUCCACUCAUCGAUGGACCGACUAGACAAGAAAGACGAAAAAGAAAACAAUGCCAACGAACUCUCAAUCAUACAACAAGCAUUCCACAAACAGGUCUCACAUCUAAAGAAAGCCAACCAUUCACUAGGACAACAAGUAAAACAACUUCAGGAACAAGUCGAAGCCAAUGUAAGUUAACCAUAUCGACAUUUAACCUCAAAAGUCGAUAUUUUAUUGCAAACAAAGAUUUUUUUGGACGAUGUUAAAAUGAUACUAAAUCCGUUGUUUAUACAUUUAGUUCUGUAUACCUUCUCAACAUUCUCAAUUUUAGAAGCGCGAAAUGAUCCAAAUCACCGAGCAUGACCAGAUUGUCGGUAAAUUGAGCGGUAAAGUGAAUUUACUUCAAAACGAAAACAAUCUGUACGAAAUGAAGAUACGAGAGAUCGAAGACGAGCGACAACAAAUGUACCUCCUGAUGUUCAGGAAGGGUCAACAAGCCGCUCAACACGAAAUCACUGAAGUAAGUAAACCGUCUUGUACAACGCUUCUUACUUUAUUAAAAGUUCAUUAUGAAGUACGAAUUAUUUUCGAUAUUAUAUUAUUUACCUCAUAAUCAGCCUAAAAAGCUAUUUUAAUAUCCAAAAAUCAUAACCAACCCUAACAAUACCAAAUUCUAGGACAAAGCUCUGGACGAGAUGACAGAAGACAAGAUGCUCCUCAAGUUCCUUCAUGAUGCCUUAUACUAUUACCUCAUGAACCGUGGCGACUCCCGCGAACAUCUGCAGGCCAUCAUGACCAUGCUCAACUUCUCGAGUAAACAGAAGGACGAAGUUUACAAACGACGCGGCAAAUCACACUAG